CACACUGUUCAUGAAAAGCACCUAGUGAACUUAGACAAGAAUGGACGAGUGUUGCUACACGUCUCCUGAAGAAAAAGAAGGCAGAAGGAUAUCAAGAGAAAUAGAUGCAAUACUAAGAAGAGAGAAGGAAAAUAAUCGUGAGCUGAAGUUGCUGCUUUUAGGAACUGGUGAAAGUGGGAAGAGCACAUUCAUCAAGCAGAUGAGGAUCAUCCAUGGCAAAGGAUACAGUGAUUCUGACAGGAAAGCUUUCAUCAAACUGGUGUAUCAGAAUGUCAUCACAGCCAUCCAGGCACUGAUUGAGGCCAUGACUACUCUUAAAAUCGAAUAUGUGGAUGACCAAAAUAUUAGCUAUGCUGAAAAACUGAAAGAAGUGGAUGUCAUCAUGGUGUUAACGUUGGAGUCCUGGCAGGUGGAUGCCAUUAAGCGAGUGUGGAAUGACCAUGGAGUGCAACAGUGUUAUGACAGGAGACGGGAGUUCCAGUUGUCAGACUCUUCUAAAUAUUAUCUAAAUGACCUGGACAGAAUCACAGCCCCAGACUACAUUCCCACUCUGCAGGAUAUAUUACGGGUCAGGGUUCCCACCUCGGGCAUCAUAGAGUACCCGUUUAACAUGUCAAACGUCAUUUUCAGGAUGGUGGAUGUGGGCGGCCAGCGCUCCCAAAGGAAGAAAUGGAUCCACUGCUUUGAAAAUGUCACCUCUGUCAUAUUUCUGGCAGCCCUCAAUGAAUAUGACCAAGUUCUUUUUGAGAGUGACACAGAUAACCGCCUGGCUGAGAGCCUGGCCCUCUUCAAGACAAUUACCUCAUCCAACUGGUUCCAGGAGUCGUCCACCAUCCUCUUUUUGAAUAAAAAAGACCUGCUCGAAGAGAAAAUACAGACAUCAGAUUUGGCAACCUUCUUCCCUGACUACAAAGGACCUACAGGAGAUGCUGAAUCUGCAAAGAAGUUUAUUGAGAAGAUGUAUGUUCAGCUCCACAAAGGUCGUCACAAACCUCUCUACACACACUUUACCUGUGCCACGGACACGGAAAACAUCAGAGUUGUCUUCAAUUCAGUCAAAGACACAAUCUUUUUAGAAAAUAUGAGUUUUUUAAACCUCGAAUGAGGAAGGAUGGAGAAGUGUUUUUUUUUUUUUUUUUUCCGGUUGUUAUCUGUUAAGCUUUCUUCUUUGUUUUUGCUUUCUUAAAAAAUGAAAAUAUAAGAGAAAUUCUAGCACUGAGCCAUACUUUAGAUCUACACAGGCCUUAAAUUCAAUUUUAUUGCAACAUGUAUUCAUUUGAAGUUGUAAAGAGUGAAAAUCCUUUGUCUGCACACAAUACACAUACAACAGCAUUACUACUGAUUCCUUAUACCCACCUGGGAUUAUAGGCCUUUGAAUGUGUCGCCCAACCUUGAAUUGACUCAAUCAUGCAACGUCUAACUAGCACAGCUCUGUGGAGGAAGAAUGCACCUUGAAGAAUGCAAAGUCUUACAGCUUUUAAAUGCACAGAUUAAGAGAAAGAUUGCAAGUUGAUGGCCUACAUGUUUUUAUUUUUGUACACACAGAUAAUGAAAUGAGUAAAAUGUUUUAAACAUAUAUUAUGUCAUAUUUUUGUCAUAUUUAUAAAAUACAUGUGAUAAAACUCAAUGAGUCAUGCAUUGUACAAUCAGAAUUAACACAUGUAUCGUCACUUUCAAUUGUAUCAAAUAAAAAGUAUCCUUGUCUUUUACUUAU